UUGCUCAGGACUGAGGCUGCUGCUGCCUGUGCUCUCUGCUCACUCUGCCUUGUGAUCUGCAACACAUUAUACAUUUCUCAUCACUUCGCCUUCUCUAGGAACUGUCCAGCCUUGCACCUCCUGCUCAUCAUGAAACUCUCUUAUUUCUACCUGCUUGGAUUACUGCUCACCAGCGGGCAAGCUCUCAUGCAAGUUACAAUUUCCCUCAGCAAAGUUGAAAUCAGUGUGGGUCAGUCUAAAUACUUCACAUGCACAGUUAUUGGAGAAGCAGACAACAUAGACUGGUUUAACCCAGAAGGAGAAAAAAUUAUUUCGAGCCAGAGGGUAGUAGUGCAAAGAGAAGGCAUCAGAUCUUGGCUGACCAUAUAUAAAGCAACUGUUGAUGAUGCUGGUAUCUACCGUUGUCAAGCUGCAGAUUCUAAAGGACAUUCUCAGGAGGCUACAGUUGUUUUGGAAAUUUAUCAAAAAUUGACACUUGAGGAUGUGCUGUCACCUCAAGAAUUCAGAAGAGGAGAAAAUGCAGAGGUUGUGUGUCAUGUCAGCAGCUCACCUGCUCCAAUGGUUAGAUGGUUAAAUAACCGUGAAGAUGUCACAGACAUUGAUGACAGGCGGUUUGUAAUGUUACCAAACAACAAUCUGCAGAUUAAAAACAUUAGCAAAAGAGAUGAAGGCACUUAUAGAUGUGAGGGUCGGGUGGAGGUUAGAGGUGAAAUCGAUUUUCGGGAUAUCAGUGUGAUUGUUAAUGUUCCUCCAGAGAUUUUAGCUCAGCAAAGAUCUUUUAAUGCAACAGCAGAUCGACUAGAGGAUAUUACUUUGCAUUGCCGGGCCACAGGUUCACCAAAACCUUAUAUCACAUGGCACAGAAAUGGCAAACUGGUUGAGGAAAAUGAAAAGUAUGAUUUAAGAGAAGACAAUACAGAACUAACUGUUAAACAAAUUAUAAGUAGUGAUUCUGGACUGUAUAUAUGUAGAGCAACAAAUAAAGCAGGAUUUACUGAAAAACAGUCUUUUCUACAAGUGUUUGUGCAGCCUCAUAUUGUACAGCUACAAAAUGAAACUACAAUUGAGCAUGGACAUGUAACUCUUACCUGUGAAGCUGAAGGAGAACCUAUUCCUGAAAUCACAUGGAAAAGAUCCAGUGAUGGAAUGAUUUUUUAUGAUGGUGACAAGAGCCAAGAUGGACGCAUAGAAAGCACAGGACAUCGAGGAAAAUCCUCCUUGCAAAUUAAAUCUAUUAUGUUGUCUGAUGCAGGGAGAUAUGACUGUGAAGCAGCAAGCAGAAUUGGAGGCCAUCAAAAGAGCAUGUAUCUAAAUAUUGAAUAUGCACCAAAGUUCAUUUCAAAUCAAACCAUUUACUAUUCUUGGGAAAAUAACCCUAUAAACAUAAGUUGUGAUGUGACAUCCAAUCCACCAUCAUCAAUUUACUGGAGCAGAGACAAAUUAUUGCUGCCUGCACGAAAUUUAACAAAUAUAAAAACCUACAGAGAUGGAAAAAAAAUAUUGCUAGAGAUAACACCAUUAUCAGACAAUGAUUUUGGACGUUACAACUGCACAGCUAUCAAUUCAAUAGGAUCAAGAAUUCAGGAAUACAUACUUACACUAGCUGAUGUGCCUUCCAAUCCCUAUGGCUUGCGAGUUAUAGAGCUUUCACAAACAUAUGCCAAAGUGUUUUUCAACAAACCAGACUCACAUGGAGGUGUACCCAUUCAUCAUUAUCAAAUGGAUUUCAAGGAAGUCUCAUCAGAAAUAUGGAAGGUUGUCCGAUCUCAUGGAACACAGACAAUAAUUGUCCUUGGAAACUUAGAGGCAAAUACAACAUAUGAAGUCAAAGUUGCUGCUGUAAAUGGAAAAGGAAAGGGGGAAUUUAGUAAAACAGAAAUAUUCCAGACACUCCCUGUUCGUGAACCAAGUCCACCAUCAAUUCAUGGACAGCCUGGAGGUGGGAAAAGUUUUAAAUUAAGCAUUACAAAACAGGAUGAUGGAGGAGCACCGAUUUUAAACUAUGUUGUAAAGUAUCGAAGUAAAGACAAAGAAGACCAGUGGCUUGAAAAAAAGUUUCUUGGCAAUAAAGAUUACGUAGUAUUAGACCAUCUACAGUGGAACGUGGGAUAUGAAGCUCAUAUUAUAGCUACUAAUAGACUUGGUCACUCUGAACCAACAGUGUUUGAAUUUGUAAUGCCACCAAAACCUAAUAUAAUUGCAGAUACACUUUUCAGUGGACUUGGAAUUGGUGCAGUUAUUGGUUUGGCAGUGGCUGCACUUCUACUUGUUCUAGUUGUGACGGAUGUCAGUUGCUUCUUUAUAAGGCAAUGUGGCCUACUAAUGUGUAUCACAAGAAGAAUAUGUGGGAAAAAAAGUGGCUCCAGUGGAAAAAGCAAAGAAUUGGAAGAAGGAAAGGCUGCUUACUUUGUCACCUUAAGAUGAAUUUGAAAGUAAAGCAUUACAAAUGCCAGUUGAAGGAUAUCUCUGCUGGGCAUAUACCAUUCAAGCUUCAAAAAGAAUUAAUUACAGAUGAAUCACAUCACACUACUAUACAUAGCACCAAUUUUAAGGAUCAUCAAAGUAUACUUGAACUGUAUAUGUGGAACCCUAUCCUGCAAUAUCCUCUACAGAAAUGAUGCUAAGCUAAUGUGUUAUGUAUAUAAAAUAUUCUUUAUUUGAUUAUAUAUUUAACUCUAAUUCACUGUUCUUGAUCUGUAUGAAUGAGGGAAAUGCAAAUAGUUAUAUGACAGCUCUCUAAUACAAAUAAAUACAAAAUCGGAGCAAUCACUAACUAAAAAAAUAUAUACAUAUAAAUAUGUACAGAUCUAAAAAAAAGGUGUAAAUCAAUGCACAAAGAUAUGUGUUAACAUGUUGUAAGCUUUUAAUGGACUGCAUUUCAGAGCUCUAUUUGUUAGAGAAAAUUAGCUUUGAUACACCAUUUCCAAUUAAAGUUUAAUUUUCAUUUUAUGUUGGCCUUUUUGCCUACAUAACUUCAUUUGGUGUUUGUUUCUAGUGCCUCCAAUCCUGUUUGUGAAAAGGCUCUGCUACUUUCAGUACUAUAAUUUGUAUUUUUGUGUAUUUUCAUUGGACAAGAAGCUUGAUUUAUAUAGUAUAACGUUUUGAAUUUAAUAGAAUUAAUAAUGUUCACAUUAAGUUUACUAUUGUUGAUCUUGUAGAACAGGGUUCUUACAAAUAUCAUGCAUAUAUGAAAAGGGCAUUCAGUUGAUACAAAUGCACACAUCAAAUAACCUUCUUAUAAAAAAUAUUCUCAGAAACUUCUAUUAUGCACUCAAGAAUGUGUUAUUUUGGUGUUUGUGAGAAAAAGAAGCUGUAUAUGAGUUUUAAUUUAAUUUGUACUAAGAACCAUAUUGCUCCUUUAUCACAAAUAAACUUAACAAAACUAUCCCUUGAAGGCCUUUUCCACUUUGCAACUGCAGAACCAGAAACAUAAACAUAUUGUUUAUAACCUGAUGUGCCAUUUGCCAAAUGCAAAAUUAUAGAAACUGAAAUUAAUAAUACUUGUGUUAGGUUUACUAUUGUUGAUCUUGUAGAACAGGGUUCUUAUGAAUAUAAUGCAUAUAUGAAAAGGGCAUCCAGUUGAUACAAAUGCACACGUCAAAUAACCUUAUAAAAAAGUAUUUUCAAAAACUUCUCUUAUGCACUCAAGAAAGUGUUAUUUUUAGUGCACUGAAUGUUCUGAACUGUACUCUGAACUUUUUUUUAUCAUUGAACACAAUGUUUGUGAGAAAGAGAAGCUGUUUAUAAGAGUUUUAAUUUAAUUUGUACUAAAGAACCAUAUUGUUCCUUUAUCACAUUCAAACUUCACAAAACUAUCCCUUGAAGGUAUUUUCUACUUUGCAACUGCAGAACCAGGAACAUAAAUAUAUUGUUUAUGACCUGAUGUGCCAUUUUACCAACUGCAAAAUUAUAGAAACUGGAAUUUUCUCUGGACAAAAGAAAACAACAGUUAUGCUUUUGUUGUUUUAGUCUUCUCAAUGUGUUAUUCAAUACUUUUAAUAUUUUUUUUAAAUAAAAUUGCAAUUGUA